AUGGGUAUCGAGGGCCUCUGGUCUUUUCUCCUAAAGAAGGGCUAUGAGGCGAGUCUUCACUACCAUUCGUCAAUCUGCUCUACCUCCAAUCCCUCCAACCCCUUGAAUCACGACGCUUUCAUAAGGUUUGAUGUUUUAGGACCCUUGUAUCCGACAAUUCGAAACGCAUACUCCAAUCAUUCCCUCGAUACAGCCCACAAGAUCAUGGAAAGGGCGCUGGAGAAAUAUGGAGCGUCGCGUCAGAAAAUCUUAUUCUGUAUCUUGACGACGACGCUUGAUGUAGUUGUGUCCCGAGACAGCGACAUGUUCGCAUACAGGAACAUCUCAACGCUUUGGUGCCCUAUCUCGAGAGGCCGCAUUUUGGUGUAUAAGCUUGCAGACGUACUCGCCGUCCUGUAUAUUACACGACUGCAGUUGACGGUACCGUGUAUCGUGAGCAAGAACGAUUACACUUGCAACAUUUCCCGGCUUGGAAAUAUUACUAACUACAAAAUCGUCAAGGAGCAGAUUGGAGAAGCUCUAUCGAUCGAGCACCUGCCCUAUGGCCUCCUUCGCACGCUUCAGGACGGAAAUAUAAGUAUCGAGAGCGGUAUUCAUUCAAGGCCCGUUCCCGAAAGCUCGAACAUGCCUGUCCAGAGAUCAUGA